AUGUCAUCAGAAGACGUUACUGUCACUGUUCGUCUCGUUCGCUCAUUUGAGCACCGUAAUUUUAAACCUGUUGUGUACCAUGAUGUUACUCUGGAUCAGACUGUCGGAGAGUUUAUUGAAUUUGUGAAGAAUGGUAAGGAACUGUUAUGGCUGGCUAGUGCUUCUUGGUGUGUGAAGGAACAUGUGGCAGGGGGGAAAAGGGGGGGGGACUGCCCCAUGCUGAUAGGCCCCAUGGAAGAGCUGUAGCCUAGUGCUUUGCAUGCAAAAGGUACCAAGUUCAAUCCCUGGCAUCUCUAGGUAGUGCUGGGAAAAACUCCUGCCUGAACCCCUGGAAAGCUGUAGCCAAUCAGUGUUCAUGAUACUAGGAUAGAUGGGCCCAAUGGUCUGAUUUGGUAUAAGGCAACUUCCUAUGUUUUUACUAUGUCAUCGCCUGGAUGAACAAUGCUCUAGGCAUCCGUAGGUUCCAUUCUAUUGCUCAUCCUUCAGAGGACCCUCAGCUUUUCAGAGACAUGUCACAUAUAAGGCUUUCUGCAGUUAUGGAUCUACAGUGGUACCUCGGGUUACAUAUUCUUCAGGUUACAUACGCUUCAGGUUACAGACUCCACUAACCCAGAAAUAGUACCUUGGGUUAAGAACUUUGCUUCAGGAUGAGAACAGAAAUUGUGCUCUGGUGGCACGGCGGCAGCAGGAGGCCCCAUUAGGUAAAGUGAUGCUUCAGGUUAAGAACAGUUUCAGGUUAAGAAGGAACCUCUGGAAUGAGUUAAGUACUUAACCCGAGGUACCACUGUAACAGUGUGGAUGGGAUUCGUGGGAUUAUGAUGACUUUUCACAGAUACUGGGAUGUAUUGUGCAUGAUUUUAACCUGUAAUUUCAAACAUCCUUUGGUACACUUAAUGUGCCACUAUAAGCCUUUUCCAUGUUUUUUUUUUUGGAACUUGGAUUCCAUUGAUUUGUAUGACUUGGACUGCAGGAGCACUUGGACUGCAGGAGUAAGCUCCAUUGGACUCAGAUGAACAUAUUUUUGUGUAGACAUGCAUAGGACUGUGCUGCUGGUUCUAAGAACAGAUAAUAACUGUGGGCAGGAUUCACUUAAAGCAGAAGCCCAGGGCAAGAACUUCUGUUUGUGAAAUGGGGCUUCCCCCAUCUUCUCCCCAUGCCCCCCCAAACUGGCUCUGGGGGGCUUGGGAGAACCCUCAAAAGAGUGUGCAGGGGAAGGAGGGAUGAUUGCUCCACCUGGAAAGCUGAAAUGCUUGUACAGAUGGAACAAUUGGAAGAGUGCAGUGUUGAAUUUUACCCAUUGUGUGUAUCUUGUUAAAUCCAAGUGAAAAUGGUUAAUGUUCCUUUUCAACAUUUUUUUUCUAGAUGUGGUAUUAAGGACAGGACUUCCACCUCCUUUUAAAAAAUAUAAAUACGGUAUGUAUCUUUCCUUGCACUUCCAUUAAAUUGGUUUAUCUGCAUCGGGGUUAGCCUGUGAUGCCCUCUGAAUGUUGUUGGACUACAACUCCCAUGAGCCUCAGCUAGCUUGGUGAGGGAUGAUGGAAGAUGUAGUUCAACAACAUCUGGAGGGGACCUAAUUAGAUACCCAUUGUGGUUUUUUGUGAGGGGUAGCGGGGUGUAGAGGUUGGGCUGGAAAAUAAUUGGGAGUUUUGGUUCCAUGACAGGUUAAGCUUUACCUCAUGGAAUAAUUAAACAGUUGUACAUCUUGGAAUUCAUUUCAGUAUUAGCCUGCAGAUUAUUCAUGCUGGUGUUAAUUGGUAGCAUUGUCUUUUGGGUAUUAAUUUUUUUAUCAUCUUCCUUAAGUGCCUCUUAAACUCGCCUCACAUGUUGAAGUGCUGCUCAUGACCCACAAUCCUUUGAAACUGCAGUUUCCUCCGUGCUUCUGCAUUUCAAUAUCCAGCAACUAAUUGUGAGGUCAGAAGGGGUAGCCAAGCAGGAGAAAGAAGCAUGGAAUGAGAGGCUUACGUGUGGAAAGAAUUUACAUAGUAAAUAAGAAGAGAGUGGGAAUGAGGCUGGAGGUAAACAGGAAAGAGCUUAAGUAUGAAUUUGUGAAACGGAUAUAAAAUUAAAGCAAAGUAUUUUAUUAAUCAUUGAAAACAAACAGGAUUUAGGCUGCAAAAUCAAAUAUAUUUGAUUUGGCAAUAUAGUAUAUAUAUUAUAUUUAGCUUGGAAUCUGACAUUUUGAAAACUUUCAGGGAGCAACAAUUAAACAGCAGGUUUCUCCUGCUUGUUGUCAAGAAGAUCUAGGCUUGACUCAGGAGUUACAGGGGACAUUUGUAGUGGUUCCUAGUUGCAUAGUAGAGUUCCAGUGCUUUGCAGUUCAGUCCUGUCUUGGGAUAGGGGGAGAAACUGAAUUAAGUUUGCCUUUAAUGCUGAAUGUGUCAAAUUUGCAUUUUCUGAAACAAAGUUCUCUAACCAGUGUUUACAAACAUGUACAUAGCUGGGGAAAUGUGUAUAAAAAUGAAUAGAUUAGUGAAAACAGCAUGCAAAACAUACAGUAGCAUAUUAGGAAAAAAAUCCUUGCAAAAUGUGUACAUUAGGCGAAAAUAGCAUUAAAAUUUUAAUGAAACAAUAGCACUAAAUUUUAAUUAAAAUAGCACUUAAUUUUUUAUGAAAAAAUUGCGAAGUGCUGCAGCAUCUUGGAGAACUGCAUUUAAGAUUGAAAAAAUAAGAAACUAAGAACCAAAACUGACAGGUUUCGCCCGCUCCCACCCAAUCCAUUAUAGUUCUUCACUAACUGUCGGCAAGAAAACAGCAGUUUAGUUAAUGGAUGGGUGGUUUUUUGGUUGUGAACAUUUGCCUUUUGCCUUGCUUUGCUAAUGCAUAACAUAACAUGGUUACAAAAGCAGCAGGUAUUGAUAAUAAGAAACCAGAGUGCAAUUAUCAGAAAAAAGCAGCCAUUUGAAGCACACCUACUUUAAAAUAAAACGCUGCUCAAAGCUUGAGGGUAUGACUUUCCUGAAAACACCGAUAGGUAGGCUGGACGUUCAGCAACAGUAUAGCAAUUGCAAGACAUGGUGGUUGUUUCAUAUUUUUACUGAGAUUACUUUAAAUAGGUGAUUGCCACUUAUUUUGCAAAGAUAAAGAAAAAGUCAGUUGUAAUGUGGCCUCUCUGUGUUUGGUAUAAAAGGUCCUCAGUGAGUGUCCUUAGCAAACACCACCAGCUUUUAUAUUUCAUGCACAAUUCAGCAUGUUUGUUGCAAGUAGAGGUUUAUCAAGUAGGGAUGUAUUCUGAGGUUGCCUCCAAUCCGGAUUGGGAAACUGUGAUUAUAUUAGGAAGAAAGAUGAUCUCGUAUCACACAACUUCUGAUUAACAGUUUAAAAAGGGACCUGCUUUCUGUGUGUGUGUGAGUUUUUACUUUUAAACCAUAUAACUACUAAUCAAAACUGCGAUUGGAAAUUCAGAUUCAUUUUGUGGCUUGAAUUCUGCAGCCUAUACUGUCAACUGGGUUUUUAAUUUAUUUGUAUUUUUGAGUAGUCUUAAGGAUUCUGCUCGGCGUUUGUGUUCAAGGCUUAAUGGAUGGGAGAUUAGAUUGCAUGUUUCUAAGUAUAUAAACCUUCUACAGCUGAUUCCGUUAGUAUUUUUGAGCUUGUAAAGAACAAGUCUCUGUUGAAUUCGGAGGGAUUUUCUAGGAUUGUGAUGAUGUUGUACUGCCUGUCCAAUUCUAGUUGAGAGAAGCAAAAUAAGAAGAAAAAUAUUGCAAGGUAACAAAUGUGCGGGAAGAAUGUAUGGUGUGAUGCACAAGACCUUAGAUGGAGCAUUAUAGCUAAAUGCCCAGUAGAAGAAACAAAAAACCUAUCUCAAAGCAAGCAAUCUCUUUCAGAUACAAUGAAGAUUCUUCACCAGGCGCAUGGCUCUAAGGUACAUCUUAUGACUGCUCACUCCCCUCCUAAAUCUCUCUAAAUUUAAUUUGUUCAUGCUGGAAGGUGCCUGCCUUCUAGUAGGGUAUAAUGUUAUUUGACUACUCCGUAUUUAUUUUCAUCCCCUCCUCCCCCUCCAUUUCUAGACCAAUGAACUCGUCGUGAGUUUAGAAGACGAUGACAAACUCAUUUUGGCAGAGGACAGCACCCUGAAAGCCGCUGGCAUAGGUUGGUAGUGGGCUGGGAUUGACUGAGGCCUCAGCUCGUUGUUCUUGUCAUUAUCCUGGCUGAUUAUGUUUGGAUAGCCUGCUGAAAAGCAAAUGCUAAACCUGAUGUUCCGUACGCAACCUGACUAUUAUUGAGGACCAGUGUGUGUAUGCUUAACGUACAUUCAAAUCAUUGGGUUUGAGGGCCCCAUGUACCUCUCUUCAGAAUGCUAAUGGGGGUAUUCCCUCUGUCGUCCGUCCCCCCACCGCGAAAUAAAAAAAUUAUGCUUGGAAUUCUGUUGAAGGUAAUUUUAAAUGACUGACAGCUUGGUUAUUCGUACCGUGCCUGCCUCAUCUUUUCAGCGACGUUUACACUGAUGCUUCGGUUGGAAAUUUAAGCAGUGUAACUAGUGAGGAGUAAUGAGGAGAGCCUGUUCAAUAAUGUGCAGUUCUAGAGAGUCACCAAGAUCACUUGAGAGGGAAUAUAAGUAUAAAAAGGGAAUAUUGGAACACAUUUGCUUGCUACCCGAUUGGGAAGUGCCAUAGGCCAUGUCAUGCAGCGAUAAAUGCAAGGUAACAGUGUUGUGUGGCAAACCAGGUGUCCGCUGGGUGGGUGUAAAUAUUUGCUCCACAUAAGCCAGCUGAACUUCUGAAACAUUCGUUGAGCAGGUAGUGAUCACAUCUCAUUCGAUUCACAUUAUACGAAAAAGAAAAGUAAGCUUUUGGGUUGAUACUCUGGCUGGCCUGUGAGGUAGUCAAACUACUCAGGCUUACUGAUGGCAUGAGGAGAGCUAGGUUCUGGUCUUUUGUUUACUGGACCAGCAAGCUUCCCAGUUAACUGCUGAGAUUUUAAAUAUAUGUAUUUUAAAACAAAAUUUUAUUGGGUUUUUAAACAAGUACAAAUACAAGAACCAUUAAACACUUAACCAGCAGUACAGCUAAAGGUGCUUGUUUUAUAUCUUUAUACACUCGCUUACAUAUUCAGCAAUCAAAUGUAUUACAUGAUGAAGAGAUUUUAAAUAUUAAAUCAGUAAGGUGUGUUAGGGCAUUUCUGCAUUCAAUUAAUUUUGGGGGUUGAUAAGAUCCCAACCUGGUAUUUCCAGAUGUUUGGCACUACAACUCUCCAUCAUCCUUAGCUCUUGCUGGUGGGGGAUCAUGGGAGUUGUAGUGCAAAACACGAGGAGGGCACCUGACUGGAAAGCUGAUGCAGUGUUGUUAAAAGCUCUGCACCUAUAGGGGAGCUUCAUUAUGAGACAAUGAUACGCCGUAGCCUGCACGGCUGGCCUCUUUCUCCUGGCAGAAAUAUGCUUUUGCUACUGUAAGGGAAAAUUUCCUUUGUUUCUUAGAAGUGUUCUAAAGCAGCUGUUUAGUGGAACACCGGUGGGAUCUGCAGCAAAAUGUUACAGCAUGGAGGUGGCUGUUCCAUCCCAUCUCUCCAGUUUUUCCUGCCUCUCUCCGACAGUCAGCAUUCCAUAGUCUCUGAGCAUACCCAGCCCUCAUUGGAUUGUUUUGGGCUCUUAUCCCCCUCAGAGCUUCUCUCUCCCUUCCUAAAGCUUUUUGCACGUCUUCAAACUUUUCAGUCCCCCUCCUCCCACCCCUUUCUUGCCCUCUGACAGUAGCGUUUUGGCUGCAUAAGCAAUGGCACUCACAGUGUAAACAUCAGGAAUGGAGGGAAUGACUGUGGUUAUAAACAGAGUAACAGGGAUGUGGGCUUUCCAGAAAUGUUUGAAUUGGCUCAUUUAGGCUAAUUUGCAUAUUCGGCUGAUUUGUAAAGGGUAAUUAUCAUUGCAAAAUGUUAUGGCGCCCUAGAGAGUGACCUGACGUCACAUGCUGAUGCUGCUUGGAUUUUGUAAGCAAAUCCAACCACUUUGAAGCUGCCAGUUCCCGUAUUUGCAAUUGGCAUCCAUUCAUUGUUGCUAAUGAACUUAUGGAAAUGGAAAACUUUCCAUGGGGUGGGGGGUGGGGGAGCUCCAGAAUUCUUUUCAUCUGCACUGAACCAGAAACAUGGGCAGCUGCUAUGUAGGUAUAGUCUCAAUGAAAGCCCUGGAACAGAUGAGUCCUGUAAGAACCUAAAUCAGACACCCCCAAACUCGGCCCUCCAGAUGUUUUGAGACUACAACUCCCAUCAUCCCUAGCUAACAGGACCAGUGGUCAGGAAUGAUGGGAAUUGUAGUCCCCAAACAUCUGGAGGGCCGAGUUUGGGGGUUGCCUGACCUAAAUGCUUUUUUGCUGUCUUGUGAGAUUGGCUUUCUUAGGCCAGUCUUCUCAUGGUGGAGAUGUAGGAGGCAAGCAUUAAAGGAAGCUGUAUACCUUUUGCCUGAAUAUUUGGACCAUAGAAAUUUUGCUUCAUGAAGUGGAAGAAUUAUGUUCAACCCUCCCCAAGAAUGGGGUUCUCAGCUGGUGAAACACUUAAUGAAUUGAAUUUGAAUUGAACAAUCAAAUUGAACAAUUAAAUUGAAAAGCUAAGAGACUUGGGCACUUUUAAAAAGACUCUAUGAUUGAAUUGAGUCAGAUACAGAGGGCUGUCAUCACUGCCCCUUUUUACUAUUUUGGUUUGGCUAGUGAUGUAGCCCAAGAAGAUACAGAGGAGGGGAUAUGGACCUUUGUGUUCUCUACUUUCUGAAGUUGGGAAAUGCAUCCUUCCUUUAUGGCAGCGGUGCAGAAACCUGCAGCCUUCCAGCUGCUGUUGGACUCCCAACUCCUAAAAGCCCAACAUGCUUGGCCAGAAACCAGGGCGGCAGCAUCAGGAGUGCCACAAGUUACCCACUUCUCAACCUGUGCUGCUGCUGCUGCUUCUUUGGUGAUCACUUGUAGCCAAGUAAGAUUGUCUUCCAUAAACACAGUUUUAACAGUGAGUCCAUAAGUGACUGUGGAGGCCAGUUCUGGAUCCACAUGUCCUUUCACAGCAGGGACAUAGAUUUCUGGGCGGGAGUUGAUCACGGUAAGGGUUUGCCAAGCGUGCCUUCCUCUUAGCACGUUUCUCCCUUUCAUUCUGAGUUUGAGCAUCUUCAAAACCCAUGACACCUUUGGUAAAGGCUGUUCCCCAACUGGAGCGCUCGCAUGCCAGUGUUUCCCAGUUUUUGGUGUUUAUACUACAUUUUUAAAGAUUUGCCUUGAGAGAGUCUUUGAACCUCUUUUGUUCACCACCGGCAUUGCGCUUACCAUUUUAAAGUUCAGAGUAGAGUAGUUGCUUUUGACGACGACAGUCUCCUUGUCACAAGAAGGCUCUAGUAACUAAACCAGAAAGAUCCUGCAUUCAAAGAAAUGUGGUUCUUGAGGGAGUGGACAGUGGGGGUCAGUGUGUGAACCUGAAGCUUGCUGCUUAUUUCUCCCAGGUUAUAAACCCAGGAGUGAAAUGUUAUAUACAGGGUGAGUCUUUUAAAAGAGGCCCCGUGGAACAUGUGUACUCUGUAUCCAUAGGGCCUCUUUUAAAGGACUCACCCUGUAGAAACAGGCCCUAUACCUGGAAGUGCUUGGGAGAAUUAACUUUUUUUUAAUUGGCAACAAUUGUCUGAUAAAUGAGGCUUAACUGUCUCGUGGGGAAGGGCUGGAACUCAGUGGUAGAGCAUCUGCUUUGCAUGCAGAAGGUUGAAGGUUUAUUUUAUUUAUUUAUUGAAUUUAUAUUCUGCCCUAUACCCAGAGGUCUCAGGGUGGCUUGCAGAAGAUUCAAUCCCCAGCAUGUGAAGAAGCUCUGCCAGAAACCUUGCGAGAGCUGCUGCCGACAAUACUGAGCUAAAUGGACCAGUGGUCCGCCUUGACUUAAGGCAGCAUCCCACCAUCUCCCUUUUGUUUUGCAAGUACAGUGGUACCUCAGGUUACAGACACUUCAGGUUACAGACGCUUCAGAUUACAGACUCCGCUAACCCAGAAAUAGUACCUCGGGUUAAGAACUUUGCUUCAGGAUGAGAACAGAAAUCGUGUGGUGGCAGCGGGAGGCCCCAUUAGCUAAAGUGGUACUUGAGGUUAAGAACAGUUUCAGGUUAAGAACGGACCUCCAGAACGAAUUAAAUUCUUAACCCAAGGUACCACUGUAUAUUGAAUGACAGAGGUUCCCAAACUGUGGUCCACGAGCUUCAUUCAGAGGGUUUGCAGCGGGCCUGUGAGGAACAUUUAGAAUUUGAAUGCUGUAGAAUUUUAUGGCAUUCAAUAAAACGCCAUAUAAGAAAUAAAAGAAGCAAUAGAAAUGCAAUUAAGAAUUACAACACAGCACGUUACAAUUGUGAAAAAAGGAAGAAAAAAUAUGAUUAAGUGACCCACCAAGACCCUCAACCAUUUUUAAGAGGUCCAGGGGGGAGGGCAAAAAAGUUUGGGAACUGCUGCUGUAUCUUCCUCACUUUCCCUUGCCUCCAGUUUCCGCAGGCAUCCUAGCCAAUAUUCAGAGUUGCCGUCCCUCGCUCCUGUUUUGCAUUACACAGGCAGACUUCAUUAACUUCUGGUUUAGUUUAUUAAAAAAAAUAAAACCGGUGGAACUUAGUCGUGGCUUGCCACUUCAAAAGAAUCCGACGUCUCUUAAUUGUGAUGGCUUUCCGUCAGCUCCAUCCCCCGCUCUGAAUUAGUAAUGUUGCUGACUUACUGUUUUAGAAGAGGAAGUCCUUGACCCGCUGGUGGGAAGAAUUGUGGCUGCUCUGAACCUUUGCGGGUCCUUCAGCUCUGCCAUAUCCCCUGUGGAUAAUUAGAGGCAUUUGAAGGUAUUGCUGGAGAAGCCAAUUUGUGUCUUUCACUUUGCAUAUUGUUGAAGCCUCAUGAAUUAAUCAUUGGCAGGGCAAAAAAAUUAGCUCCCUCAGACGCACGUUUUUUUAUGGGUCAUGAGGGAGAAUGUAAAGUGAUCUGUAAAAUAUUCUACUCAUCCUCUAAGUAUUAAAUUAUUAUGGCUACAGGUUAAUUUCAGGGGGAUAUCCCCCCUCCUGCGGAACAGAAUGAGGAACUUUGUUAUUUUCCCAUGUAUUCUGAAGAGAAGCACUGGAUUUAUUUAUGGAAUGCUCUGCAAAUGGUUUCAUAGCCCUUGUUUUAAAAUGGUGCCUUUUAACAAGGGUGCUGUUCUUGCCCCUGGCUGUAGUAUGCUUUUGGGGGUGGGGUGGGGUGUACUAAGCGCAUUCUCGCUAUUUGGAUCUGAUGUUAAAACAAACAAGCGAAUAACUAGCAAUAGCCUUGAACCAUAGAGUAUUCAGCACCAUCUGUGAUUCUAAUUAAUGUUAAUCUAACGUUCUGUGGCUUGAAAAUUAAUGUUUUCACCAAACACGCUCAAUAUUUUUCCUUUCAGCAAAUGAAACGGAGCUCGCAUUUUUCUGCAUGGAUGAUUACAGGAAAUAUAAAGCCAAUCCUGUUGCUACCUGGUGA